UCUGACGAGUAAUCGUGCCAAUUUAGAGCUUUUUUGAAUGAACAUUAGCUGGGAUAUAGGGUUUUAACCUUCCGGCGGGCGCGCUUGUGUACAAAGUACACACAAUUGUGUUUAAGGGGUAGAAUGACGUAAUUUCCGGAGAAAUAAACCUUUCUUUAGCAGGUAUUCCUUUAGAGUUAAUUUGUCUUUUGAAGGCUACGGUUGAAAAUUUUUUGAGAGGCUUAGAAAUUACAAAAAAAAAUAAAUUAGUGAGAUUAAGUGAGUUUGUGUACAAAAUACACGUACGCGCCUGUUCGUGUUAUUGUUAAUUAAUUAAGAAUGUCAGGAAAUGAUAAUUUGAGAGAUGGCUUGUUAGAUUUUUUGGAAGAGGAACCUAAGGAAAGUAUCGACGAUAGCGAUAUAUCCGAUGAAGAAGAAGAAAUUGUGCAAAGUGAACAUGAUAGUGACUCAGAGCAGAGCGCCAAUGAAACAGAGGAAGCACACACAAGUAGUGGUGACUUUUUUCUAGGAAGAGGAAAACCGAAAGUAAUAAAAAAGACAAGUUCGGCGAGCAAGUCUGAGGUAAACCAACAAGAUGACGAAUCAUUGAAAUGGUAUAAAAAUCCUAAUAAGCGACCUUCGAAAAUUAGGGGUAAAAAUAUCGUAAAAGUUCUACCUGGACUUACAACAAAAACACGGAACAUUACCGACGAAAUAAGUGCAUUUCAAGCAAUUAUUACUCCAAACAUAAUCAACGAUAUUGUCCGAUAUACAAAUAAAUACAUCGAAUCCAAACGUAAUACGAUUUCAUAUUCGAGGGAACGAGACUGCCAAAAUACAACAAUUUGCGAAAUAUUAGCUUUAUUUGGAACUCUUUUCUUGAUUGGUACGAAGAAAGGAUCUCAUGUAAACGUGAUGGAUCUGUGGAAUAGUGAUGGCACCGGCAUUCAAAUUCUCCGAGCAGUAAUGGGUUCCAAACGAUUUUUAUUUCUGUUGAGAAGUCUUCGUUUUGAUGAUAAAUCAACAAGGAAUGAAAGGAAGAAAACGGAUAAGUUGGCUCCAAUCAGAUCAAUCCUUGAUUCCUUUGUCAAUAAUUGUAAAAACAGUUAUAACGUUAGCGAAUAUGUAACCAUUGACGAAAUGUUGCACUCGUUUAGAGGUAGAUGUAGUUUUGUGCAAUAUAUACCAAGCAAACCUGCUAAAUACGGUAUAAAAAUUUUUGCCAUGUGCGAUGCCAAAUCUUUUUAUACCAGCAACUUUGAAGUUUAUUGUGGGCAACAACCAAAUGGAAUUUAUAAAGUUUCCAAUUCACCCAUCGACAUUGUGAAACGGUUAAUAACACCAAUUGAAAAUUCUGGUAGAAAUCUAACGACGGACAAUUGGUAUAGUAGCUUAACCUUAGCUAAAUAUCUUCUAGAAAAAAAAAUUACAUUCAUCGGAACAUUACGUAAAAACAAACGUGAAAUUCCUCCGGAGUUUUUGCCAAAUAAAAAUCGUCAACCUCAAUCAUCUUUAUUUGGCUUUCAACAAGAUACUGCAUUAGUCUCUUAUGUCCCAAGAAAAAACAAAGCCGUUAUAUUAUUAUCAACGAUGCACGACUUACCGGAAGUUGACGAAGAAUCUCAUAAACCCGAAAUAAUUUUAAGUUAUAAUCAAACAAAAGGAGCAGUAGAUACGGUUGAUAAGAUGUGCGCUGCCUACUCUAUUUCGAGGGUCACUAGACGAUGGCCAUUAGCCCUGUUUUUUACGCUGCUAAAUAUAGCGGGAAUAAACUCGCAAAUAUUGUAUUUUACAAAACAUUCUACGGGAAAUCAGUGUCGUCGAAGAAUUUUCUUAAGUAAUUUAGCAAUUGCUUUAAUGAAAGAGCAACUAAUUAUGAGAGCUCAAAUAAUUUCGCUGCCAAAGGAUAUUCGAGCGUUUUUGCAAAUAUCCUACAUGGGCGCUGAGUGCGGGACGUCGGAAACACAACCAACUCAAUCUAAAAAACGAGGGAGGUGUAAAUUGUGUACAAAUACAAAUACUACACAAAAAUGUUGUAAAUGUAAGCAAUUCAUAUGUAAAAAACACUCAAAAACUAUGAUAACUUGCUCGACUUGUGAAAUGCAUUCAGACUCUGACUCAUAAUUGAUUUAUUAGUUGUUCAUUAUGUUAUUAUGUUAUUGUAAACACAUAAAAUAUAACAAUAAAGUGUCGUGUA